UUUUAUCUUCUCUAUUGGAGCCGCUCGGCUUUUUUUUUUCUCUCUCUCUCCCGCCCACUUUUACGCUGUUAGCGUAGCGGGCGCAUUUAGCGCAGUGCUGGCAGGGCCAGCGAGAAGGAAAGGUGGAAGGAGGCGAGAGGUGAGGCUGACAAGAAACCUGUGAGAGCCACAGCAAAAGUGGGAGAGGCUUAAAUGCAUUUGAAGCUUUGCACAAGGGGAGGAGACUGAAACCGAAGCGUUGACUGUGCCAUACACCAGCUCAGAGAGAAGACAGCAAUGCUUCCGAGAGGGGCCCUGCAAGAAACGGAUCACGUCCACCUCUAAGCAAAGCAGCUCCUGCUGGUCUGGAGUUAAGAUUCCCCUCCCCCUCUCCUUUACCCCUCCCUUGGAAAUGAACCAGAGGCUCAUUUUGCCCUCUUGCUUGCCAGAAAUCUGCAUUAGCAAUGAUACUAUAGCCAGAUCCGACCACCAAAGAGAGAAGGAGAUUUUUCCAUUUAAAGCUAGGCUGCUAUUCCAUCUGAACUAAGAUUCAUCCUCUUAUUUUUUUUUUUUUUUAAAACUCAGAUUGACUGUAAGCUUUUUGGUUUCAUUUCACGUUUUGAAACAUCAUUAUUGUUUCCAUCUGUGUUCAUAGCUGCUGCUGCUGCUGCUAUUGGUUUUCUUGAACAAAAAUUAGGAUUUUUUUAAACAAUUGGGUCUUGUUCAAGUCUGCCCAUGGCUUUUUUGAUGAAGAAAAAGAAGUUCAAAUUUCAAACCAGUUUCACUCUGGAGGAACUGACUGCUGUCCCUUUUGUGAACGGUGUUCUGUUCUGCAAAAUUAGGUUACUGGAUGGAGGAGAUUUUGCAACUCUGUCUUCGAGAGAAGAGGUUCAGGAAAACUGUGUACGCUGGAAGAAGAAAUUCACCUUUGUCUGCAAAAUGAGUGCGAAUCCUGCCACUGGUCUCCUAGAUCCCUGCAUCUGCCGUGUGUCUGUCCGCAAGGAACUGAAAGGUGGAAAAACCUAUUCCAAGCUCGGUUUUGCUGACCUAAACUUGGCAGAGUUUGCUGGCUCUGGGUUCACCGUUCGAUGCUGCUUGCUGGAGGGGUACGAUACCAAGAAUACCCGGCAGGAUAAUUCCAUCUUGAAGGUGAUGAUUGGAAUGUCCCUACUCUCUGGAGACCCUUGCUUCAAAACACCUCCAUCCACAGCCAAAUCUAUCACCAUCCCAGGUCAGGAUUCCACUCUGCAGCUGACCUGUAAAGGUGAAGGAACGAGCAGCAGCAGCAGCACACCUGCCACAAUCGGCUCCGUCCGUCAGAACAAGCCCAGGCCCACUGUUCUCGGCUCAGGUGUACCAGAGGAACCAGACCAGAACCUAUCCAGUCCAGAGGAAGUGUUCCACUCAGGGCAUUCACGGAACUCCAGUUAUGCCAGCCAGCAAUCCAAGAUCUCUGGCUACAGCACCGAGCACUCACGGUCCUCCAGCAUGUCUGACCUGACCCACCGCCGGAAUACCUCCACCAGCAGCAGUGCCUCUGGAGGGCUCAGCAUGACAGUCGAGUGCCCCGAGGGGGAGCGAGAGCACAAGCUGGAGAAGCCCCCUCGCCCACCAAGGCCAAGCCUCCUGUUGGAUAGAUCGUCCAGGAGGAAAAAGGAUUCUGUGGAAAGUCAUCCCACGUGGGUAGACGACACCAGGAUUGACGCUGAUGACAUAGUGGAGAAAAUCAUGCAGAGUCAAGAUUUUACAGACGUCAGCAACAUGGAAGAUAGCAACCUGAGGCUGUUUGUGAGCAGAGACGGCACAACGACGCUGAGCGGGAUUCAGCUUGCAAACAGGGUCUCAUCUGGAGUUUACGAGCCAGUGGUAAUCGAAACCCAUUAAAUGUGAAAAGGCCAGGGUAGAUCUGCUGGAAACGGUCCCCUCCCGCAACCACAGUCACGAUGGAUGCCGAUUGCUCGUCUUCGACUUUUUCCUCUUCACGCAACAUUCCAGGCAGGGACUCCUGAGGCCUCUCCCCUGCUGCGUGCACUGCAGAGCUGCUCCCAGGACAGAACACUCCGGAAGGUGCACUUUACUCGAGGCCCACCCUCACGGCUCUCCCCAAACUCGUCCCCAUGUCUGGAAAACCUCCAGCAAUUUCCUGCUGAUUGCAAGGAUCGCCUCAAAAAGUCUCCUCCUUGGUUAGAGGAGAAUUCCUCUUCACUCUUUCUCAAAUCCUCAUUCCAGAAGCUGCGUCUCGGCAUGGGGGUUUCUUCAGUACCGUCUGUGUGAAUUGUUGGGUUAUGCCACUGUGAACACUUUCUUUCAAAAACUGCUGAAGUUUGGGGGAGAAAAAAACAAAAAACCCAUUGCUCAUGGAAUGCCGAGGCAGAGGGAGAGCAGAAAUUCAGGUGCAUUUCAAAACGCCACUUUCCCCCCCUCCAAACAGGCUUCUGCUUUGUGGAUUGCAAAGAAAGGAUCACUUGCCCCUUGUGGGUGACCACUAAAGUGUAUUCCGAAGGCCCAAAGAUGAUCCAUUCAUAGGAAAUGGCUUUUUGUUUUCCAAAAGUGCAUUUCAGAAGUCGCUAGGUAUUUUUUUU